UCAUAUUUAAUUAACAUGGGGAAGAAAACUAAUAAAAAGCAACCCAAAGCACUUGGCGUUGAUGGGCUGGAAUUGUUCGACAUUACAUGUUUCUCAUGCAAAAAGAACCAGAAGAAUAUUCAAGAUGGAAAAUUUCAUUGCAGAUUCUGUGGGGUUAUGUGUGAAAACUGUGCCGGUGAACAUCAAAAGACACCAAAGAAGUCUGGCCAUUGGGCUGACAAAAUAAAGCUUCUCAGUCACUAUGAACCGCCAGAAAUACCAACGUUUCAUCAUGUGAAUAAGUGUGAAAUCCAUUCUAAACGCCGAAUCAAGUCUUACUGUUUGGACCACGGCGCCUUGUGUUGCAAGGAAUGCGUACGAGACUUUCAUGCGGACUGUGUAGUGGAAGAAUUGCAUGUGAUGUGUGAAAAUAUCUCGAAAGAAAGGGAUAUUGUUGAAGCUAGGAAUGAGCUCACAGACUUGAAACGGAGGUCAAAUAUGACAGCGAACUCAAAGAAGAAAGAAAUCGUCCGAAUGGCUAAGCAAGCGGCGGACUUCGAGACUUAUGUUAAAGAACUACGCGAGAAGAUCAACAUGAUGUUUGACAAUAUGGUAGCUGCUAUUUUAAAAGAAAAAGAGGAGUUUUGCAAAGCCGAAACCGAACUUAUCCUUAAAGAUGUCGAAAAGCUGGACAAUAUUAUUCCAAUCGUCGACACUGCAAGUAAAAGUCUUAACCAGGCUUUUUCGGAAGGAAAAAGGGAAGGUAUGUGGAUAGCUAUGAAAAAAGUAGAAGCCGUGUUGACACAUUACGACGAGGAUGUAACGAAUAUUGAAAAUGAUAAAAACGAGGUGAAAUUUCAGUUUAUUGCCAAUGCAAGUUUGCAGGGUAUUCUUGGAGCACCAGAGAAUAUGGGCCGAUUGAAAAUAACAUCUUCGCGAUUACAUGGAAAAAACACCGAUAUGAUUCCAAGAAAGAUUGAACAGAAUCCUGAGAGGAACUCAAGAUUUAAACCCCCGUGGUCCGGGAAAGCACAGAAGCAGAAUGAUACACCAUGGAUGACAAGCACGAAUCUACACAGUCACGCACGAACUCAAUUGCCAGAUUUGGUGACCAACCAAUCAAGGCCAAGCAGUCAGGAUGGUCAUAAGACUACUAAAAGGACGGUCAUGACGCGUACACCAGUUGGGCUGUAUACACCAAAAGAAGGCACAAGGACAGAAAGAAAAUAUGGUUUCAUAAAUGAUCCUACAAAUAAAGUAAGAGGCGAUAUGUUUGGACCGACAAAAGAUGUGAAGUUGACAUACAUUGGUCGUAAGGAGAUAAUGGCUGAUGCUGAUCCUGAGCUAACGUCUAUAACUGCAUCGGCAUUCCUUCCUAACGGCAGACUUGUUCUUGUUGACAAUCACAACAAAACACUAAAAUUAUUUAGUGCUGCAUAUGAGUUUUUGGCCGGCGUUGUUCUCGAUGAGCGACCCUGGAAUGUCACUAGCUGCUACAAAACAGUAGUUGCGGUGUCAUACCCAUACGACAAAUCUGUUGAAAUAAUUACGACGGGUAUGGAAAUGAAAAUUGACGGGAAGAUAAAGACUGAUCGUCCAUGCCAUGGAAUGGGAUUUCAUAAAGUUGAAAAAUGGUUAUACAUAGUCUGUGGUUCUGGAAAAGAUGCCCAAAUUCAAGCCUACUCUCUUGAUGGUUAUCUUCGAAAAGUAAUAAUUCCAAAAGUAGGGGUCCUUCAUGAGCCUUGUUACCUCGUCAUGACAUCGGACAGUUCUAGGUUGUUCAUUUCCGAUCUUGAAAACGGCAUUGUCGGGUUUGACACUAGGCGCGGCGAUGUCAUAUGCCAGUACAAAGAUCCCAACAUUCAGAAAUACUGGGACCUGAAGAUUGAUUCAGACGGGCGCCUGUUUGUGGUGACCACGGACCCGGACUGUAUAUACGUCUUGAUGGGAGAGCACAAUGGCCAGCUGGUGAAGGAGUUCCUGUCGGGAAACAAGCCUUGCUCCAUUAGCUACAGUCCUGUUAACAAAGAUUUGGUUGUUACACGAUGGAAAGUUGAAGAAUUAGAAGUGUUUCGAUUUGUUUGAAAACUAAAUAAAUUUAACCUCAAGGUUUGAAAAAAACCAUAUACAUGUACCUGCAGUUGUUUUCUCAAUACGUGUUAAUUUUCCGAAAAAUCUCAAUUAUUUCAAGUUUUUCGGUAAUGAUAUUUCUAAACUUAAUAUAAUAAAAAUCAAAAUGUAAUUGGAGAAGCUUGGAAAAGUUUUUAGCAUGUUACCUAUGAACAAAAAGAGCUGUUUAUAAGAUUAUUUAAAGUGUCUUAAUGAUAGUAUCUCGGAGCUUCAAUUUGUAUGACAAAAUAAAACUAUUUGUAAUAUUAUUAUUUUUGUGUGGAGUCUCAAAAUUACAUCUCCAAUUAUCAUUCUAACAUGGCUAUGAAAUUUGCACUAUAAACGUGUGUAUAACAUCUGUGUCGUGGGAUACUGAACACCAUAUGCACCAUACUGGUUAUGUUUGUAAUUUCGACCACGUUAUCAUCAAUAUCUUUG